AUGCACUCCACCACUGCCCUUAUCAGCACCAUCGCUGCCAUCUGCGCAACUGCCAAUGGCGCUCUCACCCGUGUCAACAACUGGGGCGCCAACCCAACGAAUCUUGAGAUGAACAUCAACGUUCCAGCAAAAUUGGCCACCAAGCCCGCCAUCAUCCUCGCUCUGCAUUUUUGCGGAGGCUCUGGCGAGACUUAUGCAUCAACGACCAAGUACAACACCCUCUCCGAGCAAAAGGGCUUCAUCACCAUCUUCCCCUCAACCAAGAAAGACAAUAACUGCUGGGAAGUCAACACCGCAAAGGGCCUCUCUCGAGAUGCAGGCGGCGACAACCAAGGCCUCAACAACAUGAUCCAAUAUGUCAUCAAGACUUACUCCGCCGACCCAGCCAAGGUCUUCGUUACUGGCGCCAGCUCUGGAUGCAUGAUGACUAACGUCAUGAUGGCCACCUAUCCCGACGUCAUCUCUGCCGCAACCUGCUACUCUGGAGUGGCAGCAGGUUGUGUAGCCGGCAGCCCAGGAGCCAGCCCUAGUACCGCUGACCCACGCUGUGCAAACGGCCAGAUCAUCAAGACCCAGGCCGAGUGGGAUGCGCAAGUCAGGGCCAUGUAUCCGAGCUAUACCGGCCAGUAUCCCCGCUUCAUGACCUACCAUGGAACCGCCGACAGCCUUGUCAAGUACCCCAACUUGGGCGAGCAGCUCAAGGAAUGGAGCGGUCUGCUUGGCGUGUCUUUCACCAGGAACGUUACCAACACUCCUCGUAGUGGCUACACCUCCAUGAUCUACGGCGACGGCACUAAGCUUGUAGGCGUCAGCGCCCAGAACGUUGGACACUGGGUUACGCCUGAUGAGGAUGCAGACAUGAAGUGGUUCGGUCUCUAA